AUGCGAAAAAAUCCGGAGAAGCGACUCGGCGCCGGGCAAAAUGACGCUAUGGAAGUUAAGCAGCAGCGAUUUUUCAAGCAUGUUAAUUGGGACUGGGAAAGAUUGUUGAAGAAAGAAAUCAGGCCAAAAUUUGUCCCGCAAAUUAAGAAUCCGGAGGAUGUGAGCAAUUUUGAUGAUGAAUUUACGAAAGAGACGCCACGAUUUUCAUCAGCGAAAGAUAAGCGAAAGAUUACCGAAUCUGACCAAAUGCUCUUCAAAGAUUUCGACUUCUCUUCGUUUGAUUAG